CUCUGUCUGCACUGAAUUACACUAACAAACUCUCUGCGGGAUUACUGAACUCCAUUGCCUUCCAGAAUGAUCUCGACUGUCUCCGUACUCUGAGUUCCGCUCUCUGGUCACCCAUCCCUUCACUUCUUACAGGGGAUUAUACUGAAGAUUCAGGGGGGUUGAAGGAUUAGCCAAGGCAGAUUAAAGUGGCUAUCCUCAACCUGGUAAUCCAGCCAUCUGUCAGAGAGCAGACAGGCAGCACCGGGCUACAGGGUGUGAUUUUUAUUAUUAUAUUAUUUUUUUCCUCUCUCCCUUAGCUUGCUAAUUAACACACCCAAGGAUCAUCUCUCACAAGGCUACAGGACAUUAGGACUGAUUCAAUAAAUAAAAAAACACUCCUCGGAAAACAAGCAGAAAAUGGAAGAGACGUAUCUGCUAAACCAUCCUGGAGUAAAAAAGAAGAUUUUGCAUGGAGGUCAAGGACCAAUGCCGCAUUUUCCCAAUGGAACGAAGCUGGUGUUCCACUUCCAGACUCUGUUGGACAACUUUGAAAGAACAGUGAUUGACGACAGUCGCAAAAAUAAGCGUCCCACAGAGAUUUUUGUGGGAAAGAUGUUCAAGAUGGAGGUGUGGGAGGUGCUGUUAACCUCCAUGAGGAUCGGAGAGGUGGCAGAGUUUUGGUGUGAUGCCGAUCACACAGGGCUUUAUCCCAUUGUGGCGAAAGGUAUGCGACUGGCUGCUCAGGGAAAGGACCCUCUGGAGGGCCAAAAGCACAUGUGUGGCAUGGGAAAUGUGUUUACCUACCAUUCGACAGGCUUCCCGGAGCUCGAUGAGCUAAUGAGGACACCUCAGCCUCUAAUCUUCAUCAUGGAGCUAAUCUCGGUGGGCGACCCAUUCUCUUACCAGCGGGAGUCGUGGAUGAUGGAGAAGGAUGAGAAGCUAAAGGUUGUGCCCUCUUUGCAUUAUUUGGGCAACGCCCUGGUCAAACAAGGUCGCUUUCGUGAAGCUGCAGAGAAGUACCAGGAGGCCGUGGUUCUGCUGCGUACAGUCCAAUCCAGGGAAAUGCCAGGAGAUGAAGACUACAUUAAUCUGGGCAGGCUUAUUAUUCCGUUAGUACUGAACUACUGCCAGUGCAUGUUAGAGCUGGAGGAAUAUUACGAGGUCAUCGAACAUGCAACAGAGCUCCUGGAUAAGCAUAAAGAUUGUGUCAAAGCCUACUACAAGCGAGCAAAGGCCUAUGCGGCUGUGUGGAGUGAACGGGAGGCCAGGAGAGACUUCCAGAUGGUGGCCAACUUGGACAUCACCCUGUCUAGAUUGGUGCACAGAGAACUAAAUCUUCUCUCUGAGAGAAUGAAGGAAAAAUACAGUGAGGAUAAAGAAAGAUACUGGAACAUCCUGGAGGGCAAGGGAGAGAAAGAAAGGGAUUCAGAGGAGGACAUCUCUGCAAUGAAUACAAAAGAAGAAAGCAAUGGGGAACAUUCUCUCUCUUCUGAAGAGGUCAAGGAUGCCGAGCAGGGAAAGGAUUCAUCUGUGGCUGAGGAAAAUAAGCAUGACACCAAAAGUGAAGAGUCUGCAGUAGAGGCCAAUCACAGGAUAACAGCUCUGACCGAAGGCAAGGACUGGCAGCAGAUGCUACGGCUAAUUAUGCUGCUCCAGGAUGAAGGCAAUUUCAAUGUGAAAGAGCACCAAUACGCUGAGGCGGCUGCCAAGUUCAAGGAUGCACUGGAGUAUGUAGAUCAUCUCCAAACUAAGGUGGAACAUAAAGGAGAAGACUGGGAAUCUCUGGAGAAAGUCCGUCUGCCACUCUGUCUAAACCUCAGUCAGUGUAAGCUGGAGCUUGGGGAAUAUGAAGAAGUGGUGGAGCUCAACUCUAAACUGCUGAAGAAACAUAAAGACAAUCUGAAAGCUGUGUACCAGAGGGCCCGAGCUCACUCGGCAUUAUGCAACGAAAACGAGGCCCGCAAGGAUUUUAAUAGGGUCAUGCAACUUGAUCCCAAAUUCGCACCUAUCGCCAAGCAGGAGAUCGUGAAACUGGCGGACAAAGUCAGAGCGAAAAGCGUCACCGAAAAUAAAAACUACUGGAGCAGCUCUCGGGAGAAGUGGGAAAAGAAGUCGCAGGGCAAAAGGGGGAAGAAGAUGAAGAAAGGAGUCACAUGGGCGGAUGAGAAUAAGACGUCUGAAAGAAACGAGGAAGGACAGAUGGGAAGAUCGUGUGAAUCAGAGGACAAAGCAGGUAAUAAAGAUGAAGGACAGGAUGAAGAGGGGAACUGCCAGAACAGACAGGAAGAGAGCUCUCCGACCCUGAAAGAAGAAAAGGAAAAGGCUGAUAAUACGGCUGUAGAUAAAGACGGGGAUUUGGUGUUGGGAGAUACACAGAGAUCAGAGACCGAUAGUGAGGGCACAGAAACUCUGCUGACCGCUGACAUUACAAAGAAGGAAAAUGACGGCCAAGAGGAGACCUCAGAUGAAAAACAAGAAUCUCUUGCAAAGCCGGACAAAGAAGCAACAACUGAAGAAAGACUUAUGGACACGGCUGGUGGUGAUGAUGAUGAAACCGAAGAGAGCAACACAGCUGCUGAAUUUAAGAUGGAGAAGAAUGGAGCUGAGAAAACAGCGAAGCCUGAGAAGUACAACAAAAGUCUUAAAAGCAAACAGACAAAGGAAAUGGAUGGAUAGAGAUCAAUAUUAGAUCCAGGGUUCCCAGUCCAAGACAAAUUCUCAGAGUUUUCUCUGAAUAAAAAGCUGAAUAUUUAUGACCUAUCCACCAUUUUUCAGGUAGGAGCGGGGUGGACAUUGUAAUGUAAAGGUUCCAGUCUCACUCAAUUCCAUUCAUUUUUAGGCAUAUAAAACAACUUGUAAAAAAACUUGUU